ACGUAGACUUCCGAUAGCUCCCGGAAGUUCUUGGCGCGCAAUUCGAAACCAUUAUUCUGAGCGACAGAUACGCGAUUUUUGGUAAUUAGUAGUCAGUAAAUGUAUCGAUUUACAAUAUAGCAGAACGACGUGCAUAUGUAGUUACUCUAUGCAGUUAGUCGAUACGUUUUCUUAAAAUAAUAAAUAAUCAUAAAUCAUAAUUUAAUGGGCAUUUUAGAUUUGAUUCAGAUGUGCUGACAAUAUACAAUCUGAUUAUUAUUUCUUAUAAUCAGAUUAUAUCAGAUAUUCUUAAGUGUUACCCUUCAUAAGUGCAACACAGACGGUCCAUUGAUCCAUUCUGUUGCUACUCCAAUGCGCUGCUGCUCACUUCCGGGAACUAUUGAGACGCUACGGGAUCCGCCAUUGCUGGAAGAAAAAAAAACAUUAGAGUGAACGGAGAUGUCGCUACUCUCCGCCGCCGGUAGGAGGCGCAGCUGUGCGGACGCUUGAGUGCAGCGGAGGAGCGUCUGUCAGACCGUCUGUGGUCGGUCAGUAGCUCAGAGCAGCUGCUCCACUUCACCCUGGACCGACGUAUCACUUCCACUGACACACACACCAGCAGCCAUCAUGAGGGAAAUCGUGCACAUCCAGGCGGGACAGUGCGGGAACCAGAUUGGUGCAAAGUUCUGGGAGGUGAUCAGUGACGAGCACGGCAUCGACCCAACGGGAACCUACCACGGAGACAGCGACCUGCAGCUGGACAGGAUCAGUGUGUAUUACAACGAAGCCACCGGUGGGAAGUAUGUGCCCCGGGCCAUCCUGGUUGACCUGGAACCAGGCACCAUGGACUCGGUCCGCUCUGGACCCUUUGGGCAAAUCUUCAGGCCUGACAACUUUGUCUUUGGUCAAAGCGGAGCAGGAAACAACUGGGCCAAGGGUCACUACACAGAGGGGGCGGAGCUGGUGGAUUCGGUCCUGGACGUGGUGAGGAAAGAGGCGGAGAGCUGCGAGUGUCUGCAGGGCUUCCAGCUCACACACUCCCUGGGCGGAGGCACCGGCUCCGGCAUGGGCACCCUGCUCAUCAGCAAGAUCCGGGAGGAGUACCCCGACCGCAUCAUGAACACCUUCAGCGUGGUGCCCUCUCCCAAGGUGUCGGACACGGUGGUCGAGCCGUACAACGCCACGCUGUCGGUCCACCAGCUGGUGGAAAACACAGACGAGACCUACUGCAUUGACAACGAAGCCCUCUACGACAUUUGCUUCCGCACUCUCAAGCUCACCACGCCCACCUACGGCGACCUCAACCACCUGGUCUCCGCCACCAUGAGCGGUGUGACCACCUGCCUGCGUUUCCCCGGGCAGCUCAACGCCGACCUGAGGAAACUGGCCGUGAACAUGGUGCCCUUCCCCCGUCUCCACUUCUUCAUGCCCGGCUUCGCCCCCCUGACCAGCCGAGGGAGCCAGCAGUACCGCGCCCUGACGGUGCCCGAGCUCACGCAGCAGGUGUUCGACGCCAAGAACAUGAUGGCGGCGUGCGACCCUCGCCACGGCCGCUACCUGACGGUGGCCGCCGUGUUCCGCGGCCGCAUGUCCAUGAAGGAGGUGGACGAGCAGAUGCUCAACGUGCAGAACAAGAACAGCAGCUACUUUGUGGAGUGGAUCCCAAACAACGUGAAGACGGCCGUCUGCGACAUCCCGCCGCGCGGCCUCAAGAUGGCCGUCACCUUCAUCGGCAACAGCACGGGCAUCCAGGAGCUGUUCAAGCGCAUCUCCGAGCAGUUCACCGCCAUGUUCCGACGCAAGGCCUUCCUCCACUGGUACACGGGCGAGGGCAUGGACGAGAUGGAGUUCACCGAGGCGGAGAGCAACAUGAACGACCUGGUCUCCGAGUACCAGCAGUACCAGGACGCCACGGCCGAGGAGGAGGGCGAGUUCGAGGAGGAGGUGGAAGAGGACGCCUGAAAAAAAAAAUGGAAGAGUAGAAUCCAAAGAGCCUAAAAGAUGGAUUUAAAAAUAUCAAAAUGACUGCGAUAGGUUGAAACGUUAAAUUAUUACCGUGAGCACUUUUCUGAAUUUGAACCUCGCUCUUUCUGUCCAAAUAUUUUAAUUUCUACCGCGUAAUGCUGCCGAUUCCGUAUGUUUGAUAAUUCCGCGAGUCAUUUUAACACUUUCGUCCUUUAACGCUUCAUGAAACACGUUUCAAAAAUUUAAAAAAGUUAAAUAUGUCAUUAUAUUAAAUGUUCUGUCCUGCGAACGAAAGGAAAAAACUGCACUAUCAAAUAACACAGGUCGUUUGUAUUUGGUAAAUCAACAUAUUGUCUCGACUGUGUCUGUCAACGUCUUGUUUUUAAAAAAAAAUUCCUGUGCAACUGACUGGGAGAAAUAAAAAAGGCGUUUUAAAGAA